CGCCCCGCCUCUUCGCUUGUUGUGUUGUCAUCACGUGCCCGGGCGGGCCCUGACGUCAGGGGCAGGGGAGGGACUGCGCAGGCGCAGAAAAGGGGGCGGGGGACUCGGCUUGUUGUGCUGCUGCCCGAGCACCGGAGACGGUCUUGCAGCGGCCGCAGCUCUUCCCGCCGCCCGACGAUGUCGUCCCAUUUGGUGGAGCCGCCGCCGCCCCCGCACAACAACAACAACAACUGCGAGGACGGCGACCAGCCGCUGCCCCCGCCCGCCGGCCUCAACAGUUCCUGGGUGGAGCUACCCAUGAACAGCAGCAAUGGCAAUGAUAAUGGCAAUGGGAAAAACGGAGGGCUGGAACACGUCCCUUCCUCGUCCUCCAUCCACAAUGGAGACAUGGAGAAGAUUCUUCUGGAUGCACAGCAUGAGUCAGGACAGAGUAGUUCAAGAGGCAGUUCUCACUGUGACAGUCCUUCCCCACAGGAAGAUGGGCAGAUCAUGUUUGAUGUGGAAAUGCACACCAGCAGGGACCACAGCUCUCAGUCAGAAGAAGAAGUUGCAGAAGGAGAGAAGGAAGUUGAGGCUUUGAAGAAAAGUGCAGACUGGGUAUCCGACUGGUCCAGUCGACCUGAAAACAUUCCGCCCAAGGAGUUCCACUUCAGGCACCCUAAGCGUUCCGUGUCUCUAAGCAUGAGGAAAAGCGGCGCCAUGAAGAAGGGAGGCAUCUUCUCUGCAGAGUUUCUGAAGGUGUUCAUUCCGUCUCUCUUCCUCUCUCACGUUUUGGCUUUGGGGCUAGGCAUCUAUAUUGGAAAACGACUGAGCACACCUUCUGCCAGCACCUACUGAGGGAAAAGAAAAGCCCUGGAAAUGCGUGUGACCUGUGAAGUGGUGUAUUGUCACAUAGUUAUUUGAACUUGAGACCAUUGUAAGCAUGACCCAACCUACCACCCUGUUUUUACAUAUCCAAUUCCAGUAACUCUGAAAUCCAGUAUUUUAUUCAAACUCUGUUGAGGCAUUUUACUAACCUUAUUCCUUUUUGGCCUGUAAGACACUUUAGAAUUUCCUAACAGAGUUUACUGUUGUUUAGAAAUUUGCAAGGGCUUCUUUUCCGCAAAUGCCACCAGCAAAUUAUAAUUUUGUCAGCAAUGCUAUUAUCUCCAAGUAGUUCCAUCAGACUUUGACCUGUAUCAUUCAUGAUAUAAAUUUUACUCUUGCAACAUGACUACCAUCUCUCUCUUAAAAUGAGAUCAGGUUCACAAAUGAUAUAAAAGAAGCUUUAUUGUUGAGGUUUUUUUUCAAGACAAAGGCAAGCUUCCCUAAGCUUGAAUCUAUUGUUAUUAAAAAGAAAACAAAAACAAAAAAAAGCAAGACACAAGAAAAAAAAAUAUCCUGGGCAAUAAAAAAAUUAUUUGAAACCAGCUUUGGAGCCACUUUUUUGUCUAAGCCUCCUAAUGGCGCCUUUUAAUUUGUAGGAGGCCAGCUGUAUACAUGAUCGGUAUGAAAUAGAAUAAGAACUAAAGUACAUCAGCAGAUUUUAAUACUAGUAUGUUGUAUUGCUGUCUUUUCUAUGGCAUAGAACCUUUAUUUCUGAUAAGGAACGUCUCAGGCCUAGAAAUUAUAUGAAAUUGCUUUUGAGAUUUGUGUGUGUUUGGUAUUUUUGUGUUUCUUAGCUGCAUGUUCAUUUUUCAUGACUUUCUUUACAUUUUUUUAAAUUCUUUUUUUGUUCUCUAAGAGGAAGCUUUGGAACGAGUUCCAAUUUGUGCUGUUAAUGCAGGCUUCUUGUUUUAGGAAGCAUUGCUUAUACUCUGAAGCCUUUAAACUCUGAAGAUAAUUGUUUCAGAAUUAUUCCAAGCAUUCGUGCAGCUUUGGAAAACAGACUUGGGUUGUGGGAACAGUUGACAAGAUUCUGAAAAGAUGCCACUUGUUUCCUUCUGAUCUCUCACUGGUUAUUGUUUACUGUACAGUCUUCCCAAGGUGAUGCCUGUGAGUCUGCAGGUGCUGGUCAUUCUCUCCCGUAGCUGUCUCUGCAUUUGUGGUAGACUCUCAAAGUUCCAGAACACUCAGCAAAUUCCUUCAGUGAUAGACUUUUUUGUUUCUAAAAUGUGAAGCUUUAGGACCAAAUUGUUAGAAAGCAUCGGGAUUGCCAAUUAUCUCAAGUAGACUUUAUUGGAUUUCAGAACAUACAGCAUGACUCUGAAGGCUACUACUAUAUGUUUUAUAUAUAAAUAAUUACUGUUUAUGAUAUAGACAUUGCUAUUGAAUAUUCCGAGAACCAUUGUUAAUUUUAAAACUAGCAAUCUCUAAAGUGUGUCAGGUUGACUUGAAUAAAAACACUAUCACAACCAGGUUUGCCAGUUUGCAGAAACUUUCUAACCCUUCUCUCUCACAUCAAGGUUUGUAAAAUUGAUGUGUUAUCGUGGAAAAUAACAUACAGAUUAAACAAAAAGUUAAUUUUUAUCUUUAUUCAAAAAUAUAGCUGGCUGUCUUUAAGAAAGAUGAUGUAUCCAAAAGCGUUUUCUGAGUAAUUUUCUUUUUCUUUGUAGCAUUUGAUGUCUAAUUUUGGACAUCUUUUUAUUGUACCAUGUUUCUGUCUUACUCUUCAACCUGGUAACACUUGAUUUGCCUUCUACACCCUAUUUAUUUCAAGUGUUCAUAUUUGAAUUUCCUUGGGAAGAAAGUUAAUCUGAUGGCCCACCGAUUUUGAAAAGCCUGAAUAAGUGGAAAGACUGGUAGAGUUAAGAGAACUAGCUAAACUGCUAUACUAUACAAUUGGUGUUACACCUGAUACUUUGGAAGGGAAAAGUAAAAUUAUACUUUAAAUAAAAGCAACCUUUUAUAGACAACACAUUGUGCUCUUUCCAAAUUCAGUAGCAGUUCUAUCAGAGGUGCAGUUGAACUUGGGUAUACUUUCAGUGUUGAAAGUAAAUGUAGUUUUGCCCUUUUUCUUAAAGUAUAUGUGAAAUUAUGGGAUGUUACUUAAAACUGAGCACAUGAUCGUAAGAUGAGCUCAGGCAGUAUUUACUGAUAGCUGAAACAUGGGAUGAAUGUUUCGUGCUCCUACUUAGAUUUGUUUUAAACAAGUGGAUUGUAUGAUUGGAAAGGAGAAUUCAGCAAUUAACCGUUGAAAUUUUAAGAUUAAUGUUUUAAAAGCUUUAUACCUGUUUACAAUUUGGGGACAAAAAGGCAGGCUUCAUUUUUUCAUAUGUUUGAUGUAAACUGGCUUAAAAUAUUUGUAAAUAGAAUCGAGCAAAACUGCACAAACUUGCACAUUGAAAAGUACAACAAAUUCCCAUGAUUACAGGAAAAAUAUUUACUAUUCUAAAAAACAUGAAAAUUAAAGGCAUAGCCAGUCAAGUGAAUUUUUAAGUGAACUAGUUGUGGAAAUUAUUGGAAUUAACUGAGCCAAAGUGAUUAUACAUUCUUCAUCUAUUUAGUUAGCACUUUGUAUCAUUAUAUACAGUUUACAAUACAUGUAUAACUUGUAGCUAUAAACAUUUUGUGCCAUUAAAGCUCUCACAAAACUUU